GUCAUUGCAGUGGGCGGGGUCAUGCUGUAUACGGAAGCGCUGAUCUUUAAACGCAUAUGUGGCCGUUUAAAGAAAUAAACACGUAGGACCCGGUUAAAAACAUAUCAGACUUUCAACCUUUACAAUAGGAAUGUCAGUUUUCCCUCAGCUUGCCCUAAAGCCCGAAGUGCGAGAUCAUCUACACAGUGUUUAUACAAACCAUGAGAUAGUGAGUGAGGUUAAUAAAGAUGAAGCCGAGCGGGCGUUCGAGGCUCUGCUGUCAUGUCUCUCUCAUCCACCCAUGUUCACCUGUGUGAGGGCGAGCACACACCUGCAUCCGCUGCGUGAUAUUCAACACAAACUACAACAACACAUCACUCAGCAGGUAAGUUCUCAUGAAGGCCGUGGUUCUCCUGCAGUCCUUCAUACUCACCCACAUCUUCCAGAUGUUCUGCUUGUUCCAGUUCAUGGCCCGAGGUGUGUUGAUUCACUGGAGUCUGAGGUGAUUGUCGGUGCUCAGUGUGGUAAUGCUGUACUCAGAGGUGCUCAUGUCUUCACUCCUGGUGUCCUGAGCGCCCCAAAAUUCAUGAAGGCCGGUGAUGUGGUGUCUGUGUUUUCUGACGUUGAGGGAAAAUGCACACGAGGAGCCAAAGAGUUUCAGGGAAAGAAAGUGUUUCUGGGUAAUGGAGUUUUACAGGUGGAUCGCUCAGACAUAUUCUGCUCAGACGGACCGAACAAGGGUCUGGCGAUCAGAAUGACAGAACCUCUCUAUCAAAGUCCUUCCUUUGAUGGAGUUUUAACAGAGGACGUUUUUCUGCAGAACCUGCCAUCUGUGGUAGUGGGUCAUGUUUUAGGACCUCGACCCGGUGAACGAAUCCUGGACAUGUGUGCUGCUCCUGGAGGAAAAACCACACACAUCGCAUCUCUUAUGAGAAACCAGGGAACUAUAGUGGCUUUGGAAAAGAUUAAAUCCAAAAUGGAGAAGAUCAUUCAGAAUGCAAAGAGUCUGAAGUUGGAUUGUAUAAAAGCUUACUGUUAUAACAGCAUACAGGCUGUGAGCUCGAACAUCACACACGAGUGCACUGUUGACGGUCCCCCGUUCCCUGAGGAGAGUUUUGACCGGAUAUUGUUAGACGCUCCCUGCAGUGGAUUGGGUCAAAGACCGAACAUGAGCUGCAGCUGGAGUCUAAAAGAAGUCUGUUCAUAUCAACCUCUACAGAGAAAACUCUUUACAACGGCGGUGCGUUUGUUAAAGAAAGGAGGUGUUUUGGUGUAUAGCACCUGUACUGUGACACUUGCUGAGAAUGAAGAACAGGUGGCCUGGGCUCUCAAAACUUUUCCUUGUUUAACACUGGAACCACAGGUGCCUCAUUUGGGGUCGGAGGGCAUGCGUGGGGCAGGACUGUCACAUGAUCAUCGAAAACUUCUACAGAGGUUUCGUCCAGAGUUAUUUUGGGCUGAGAAAAGUCCCACACUUUCCUCUGAGAGUCUUCAGCAUCACGCCAGCAGUGACACUAUUGGGUUUUUUAUCGCAAAGUUCAUGAAACGAUAAUCGUGUUUAUUGGGCUGAGCUGUUUGAGAAAAGACAUGAUGCAUGUGGUUGUCUGUUGCCAUGACACCAGUGAUGAUGACAUCCUCCACCAGUGUUUAAUAUAUGUUUCAUGAAGACUUGCGUAUUGAUGUCAUGAAGUAUUAAUGCAUCAGACGGUUACACUAUAAAUCUUCAAUUUUAACACAAAAAUAAAACUUCACACGCUGCUGGAAGCCUCAAGA